AAUGUAAAGCGCAGAGAGCGUCGGUUGGCCUCAUGCAAUUAUAUAUGUAUGUCCAACCGGUUUCAAAUAACUGCUGAGGUUGUUAUUGAGUACAGCCUUGGAUCUAAUGUAAGGCGCCUAGUUUGGCGGGGGUCCAUUUUUAUCUGCCAUAUUAUAAUCUUAACUGCCGAGAUUAGUGUUCUUAUCAGUGCUCGUUCUAAGAAAGUUUUUAAAGACCCAGCCGUGGAGUGGAGAGUAUAAUCCAUUUCCACUGUUCGUAGCAGUCGCUAGUCUAGUUAACAGUCAUCUCUCAUUGCUGUAACUAAUCAGUUGUACAGUGAACAGUGCUUCAAUCAUUUUUUUCACGAAUACGGGAAAGUGAUUCCAAAUCUAGAAUGUGGUUCUGGGUGUUUGUUCUUUACGUGAUAGUGGUGCUCAUUGUUCUCAACUCAAAGAAUGUAGUCUCCCUUAUAAACUUCAAGCGUCGUAUAGACUUCUCAAAAACGAUUCCUGGUCCGGAAUUCCGGGAGCUCUUGAAAAAUGCUAAGAAAGAAAAAAUUCUUCCUUGGCUCAACAACGUACGAAAGCGCUAUGGUCCGCUCUUCCGAAUAUGGUUUGGUAAAGAUUUGUUUGUGUUUGUGACGGAUCCUGAAGAUGUCCGAGCCAUUCUCAGCAACAAUCAACUACUAUAUAAAUCCCGCAAUUACCAAAUGUUGGAACCAUGGCUUGGCAAAGGACUUUUAACAAAUGGAGGUGAAGAAUGGCAUAAACGCAGGAAGCUACUGACGCCCGCAUUUCAUUUCAAAAUAUUGAGUGAAUUCAAACAACCCAUGGAGAAAAAUUGCCAGAUUUUAAUCAGCAAACUCAAGGAAAAGUGCGAUGGAGAGACCGUUUUCGAUAUUUACCCUUUUAUCACUCUGUUUGCACUUGACGUGAUUUGUGAGACUGCUAUGGGUAUCAAGAAGCAUGCCCAGGAUAAUAGUGAAUCAGAAUAUGUAAAGGCAGUCCAGGCGAUGUGCCGCAUUGCUCAUAGGCAAUCGUUCAGUACUUGGCAACGCAUAUCCGUACUUUUUAAUUUGAGUCCUGCUGGUCGCGAACGAGGUCGUGCUUUGAAAAUCCUCCAUGGCGAAACCAAUCGGGUCAUUGCAUUGCGUCGACAAAUGCUAGAAAACGAGAAAAUUAACAACUUUGCUGACACUGAAAGAGCUAAUAUUGGAAUAAAGCACCGUUUCGCUUUUCUUGAUAUGCUGUUGAUCGCUCAAAAGGAAGGUGCACCUCUAACCGAUAAGCACAUACGCGAGGAAGUGGAUACUUUUAUGUUCGAGGGUCACGAUACAACAAGUUCAGCUCUCUCAUUCGCAAUUCAUUUACUAUCGACACACCCUGAAGUUCAGCAAAAAGCCUACGAAGAAGCUGUUGCCUGCGAAGGCAGAGAAAAUGAACCAAUGAAAUAUAUGGAAGCUGUAAUAAAAGAAACACUUCGCAUUUACCCUGCAGUACCAUUUUUCAGCCGAAUUUUACAUGAAGAUCUACAGUUCCGCGAUAUGACUAUUCCAGUGGGCACAGCCGUAAGCGUUUUGGCCUACAUGGUUCAUCGAAACUCACAAGAAUUCCCAGAUCCUGAGAAAUUCAAUCCAGAUCGAUUUUUAGACACCGAUGGGAAAGAAUUACAUCCAUUUUCCUUCGUUGCUUUCAGCGCUGGACCCAGGAAUUGUAUAGGUCAAAAGUUUGCGAUGUUAGAAUUGAAAUGCACUUUAUCGAAUCUUCUUCGAAGUUUUGAACUUUUACCUGCAGAAAAUUUCACCGUAGUCCCACUAGCUGAGCUGGUAAUGAAGAGCGGUUCAGGGGUCCAAAUCAAACUAAGAAAGCGAUCAUCAUGAAAGCAAUAUUUUUUUCAGAUUUUCAUAUGAAAUAAAGAAAAAUAGUAUAAAAG